CAGUGAGUUCUAAGACUGGUGUUCACAGCAGAGAGAAUCCUGAGUGACUGAGUGGUUCUUUUUCCUGCAGGCAGAGUCCCUCCUUAUCCCACUUCUUUCUAACCUUCUGGAAAUUCAGUGGUGCUUUCUGAAAUGGCCUCUACCUUCAAUCCCAGAGAGUGUAAACUGUCCAAACAAGAGGGCCAGAACUACGGCUUCUUUCUGCGCAUUGAGAAGGACACUGCCGGCCACCUGAUCCGGGUGAUUGAGAAGGGGAGCCCAGCGGAGAAAGCAGGGCUCCUGGAUGGAGACAGAGUUCUGAGGAUCAAUGGUGUCUUUGUUGACAAAGAAGAGCAUGCGCAGGUGGUGGAUCUGGUCAGAAACAGUGGGAAUUCAGUGACUUUACUAGUUCUGGAUGGGGACUCCUAUGAGAAGGCCAUAAAGAAGCAGGUAGACUUGAAAGAGUUGGAUCAAAGCCUGAAGGAGCCGGCUUUGAAUGAUAAGGAACUGGCCCCUGUGGUGAAUGGAGGGGUGGAGACUUGUACCCAACCACGGCUCUGUUACCUAGUGAAAGAGGGCAACAGCUUUGGCUUUUCUCUGAAAACCAUCCAAGGUGGAAAGGGAGUGUACAUGACUGACAUCAUACCUCAGGGUGUGGCCAUGAAAGCUGGUGUCCAGGCUGAGGAUCGCUUGAUUGAGGUGAAUGGAGAGAAUGUAGAGAAUGCCAGCCAUGAGGAUGUGGUGGAGAAGGUAAAGAAGUCAGGAAGCAGCCUCAUGUUCCUCCUUGUGGACAAAGAAACUGACAAGCGCUACAACGAACAGAAGAUACAGUUCAAGAGGGAAACAGCCAGUCUGAAACUGCUGCCCCACCAGCCCCGGGUGGUGACCAUAAAGAAGGGAAGCAAUGGCUAUGGCUUCUAUCUGAGGGCAGGCUCUGAACAGAGAGGUCAAACAAUCAAGGACAUAGAAUCCGGAAGCCCAGCAGAGGCAGCUGGCUUGAAGAACGACGAUUUGGUAGUUGCUGUUAAUGGCGAGUCUGUGGAAACCCUUGAUCAUGACAGCGUGGUGGAAAUGAUUAAAAAGGGUGGUGACCAGACUACACUGUUGGUGGUAGACAAAGAGACAGAUAACAUAUACAGACUGGCUCGUUUUUCUCCACUUCUCUACUGUCAAAGUCAAGAACUGCCUAAUGGAUCUGUCAGGGAGGCUCCAGCUCCUGUUCCUGUCCUGGGCAUCUCAAGUUCAGAUACUACCGAGGAAGUGGUGGAUCAUAAGCCUAAACUCUGCAGGCUGGUAAAAGGGGAAGAUGGCUACGGUUUUCACUUAAAUGCGAUUCGGGGUCAGCCAGGCUCCUUUGCCAAACAGGUACAGAAGGGUGGCCCUGCUGAUAAGGCUGGGCUGGAAAAUGAGGACAUCAUCAUUGAAGUGAAUGGGGAGAACGUGCUAGAUGAGCCCUAUGAGAAAGUGGUGGGCAGAAUCCAGAGCAGCAGGAAGAACAUCACACUCUUGGUCUGUGGAAGGGAGGCCUAUGAUUACUUUCAAGCUAGGAAAAUCCCGAUCGUUUCCUCCAUGGCCAGUCCCCUGGACACAUGUCCUGAUUCCAAAGGAGAAAUGUCAGCAGAGUCGGAGCAUGACUCACGCACUGCAAAAGAACGGGCCAACAGCACAACCUCAAACUCUUCUGGCUCUGAAGAUACAGAGAUGUGAGGAGAACAAGGAUGGCUCUGGCCAAUAGGAUUCCUAGUACACAUUCAAGGAAGGAGUCACCACCCAUGAGCUGUUCCAACUCCUCUGGAAUCAUUCGUCCCCAUGACUGUCUGCUGUCGUCUUUGUCUUAGGGGCUGCUCUUGUAGAUGGCUUAUUUAUGCUCAACUUAGACGGAAGGCAGGAGCCAGGUUCUUAUGUGGCAUCUUCCAAAGUUCCACUUUCCAUUAUCUGUUGAUGACACCUCUUGCUUCCGAAGGUUCCCUGAGCACUGAGGAUGAUUCUUGUCUACCUGAGCUGCUAGUGAAAGUCUCGAAGCAGACAACCCUAUUACAGUUGUGCUUUUGUAGCAAUGUUAUGGCUGCUGAAAUAAAUUUCCUUAAAAUGCUUUGA